UUUCCAUUCAUCCAUUUUCUCUCUUUCUCAACCAAAGGCUGCAAUGACUUCCGCCACCAAAGAAGUAGCCAUAGAGCUUCUUCCUUUGAUCCGGGUCUACAAGGACGGCUCAGUGGAACGCCUCGAAGACACACCGAUUGUUCCACCAUCACCUGAUCAAGAUCCAGAAACUGGAGUUUCAUCCAAAGACGUAACCAUUUCAGAGGACCCUUCCAUCUCAGCUCGCCUUUACCUUCCACAACUCACUUCCCACAACCAAAACCAAAAGUUCCCCAUCUUGGUCUACUUUCACGGUGGUGGCUUUUGCGUUGAAUCCGCCUUCUCAAGCCUCUAUCACUGCUACCUCGGCAACUUAGUCUCCCAAAUCAAUGUAGCCGUUGUCUCGGUUGAGUACAGACUUGCACCAGAGCACCCUCUUCCAGCUGCUUAUGAAGACUGCUGGGCUGCACUUCAAUGGGUUGCCUCUCAAUCAGCUGGUAAUGAUAAAGAUCCAUGGUUAACCAAUAGGGGUGACUUUGAAAGAAUUUUUAUAGGGGGUGAUAGUGCUGGUGGCAAUAUAGUACAUAAUAUAGCUAUGAGAGCUGGGGUUGAGAGCUUGCCUUGUGGUGUUAAAGUUUUAGGUGCUUAUGUUGUCCAUCCUUAUUUUUGGGGUUCUAAGCCAAUUGGCUCAGAGUCUAAGGAAGUACACGAGAAGAGCUUGCCAAGUUUAGUUUGGAACUUUGUGUAUCCCUCAGUAACUGGUGGUGUUGACAAUCCAAUGAUCAAUCCAGAAGGGCCAGGUGCACCGAGCUUGGCUGGGCUUGGGUGUGAUCGGUUGCUUGUGUGUGUGGCUGGGAAGGAUUUGUUAAGGGAUAGAGGUGUUUGGUAUGUUGAUAUGGUGAGGAAGAGUGGGUGGAAAGGCGAAAUAGAAUUGUUUGAAGUAGAGGGUGAAGACCAUGUUUUCCAUAUGUUAAAAAUUGAGACUGAGAAUGCUAAGGCUAUGGCCAAACGCUUGGCUUCUUUUAUCUUCAAGUAAAA